CGUCAGUCCGCGUGGAGCUAGGUUGCAGCGCAGGUGAAGCGCUGACGGUGGUUCAGAGGGCAACAAACAGCAUCAAUGGUGGCGCACGCGUCCAUUCAGGGAAAGGUCUGAGCGGGGACCGUCACCGGGGGCUUACAUGGAGAGCUGAAAGCCCAGCAUGAGGCUCACGUCCUUAAUGAUGUACAUAUCUGCGACUCCGCUAUUCGUUUUAUGCGUGUAUGUUGGCUUUUCCGGCGCCGCGCCGCGCGUCAGCCUCCACGAUGCGCCGCGGAUCUCCAGGACGCCCGGCUCCGGCUCCGGAUCCGGCUCCGACAGCCGCGGCUCCUUCCACACCGACAUGCCUGUACCACCCGGCGGCGGGGUGGCUCCGGGGCCUCUAGCGGCUCUCACCCCGCCGCCCGCCGCCUCCCCAGCCGCCUUCCAGCCUCCGACAGCGGACCCGACAAAAAGCUCCUCUUCUUCCUCCUCCGGAUUAAUGUCACCGACCACGGAGCAAAUUACCGCACCCGUUUCCAGACUCUCCAGACGAUCCACGGAUGCACAGACAUCACUUUUCACCCCGGAGAAAAUGCUGCAGACCAUGGUGUCCAUGGUGUCCCAGCGCACGGCCAACGAUGCCUGGGCUGCGGAUCACACUGCCAGAGCCUUUCCUCCGGUGGACACCAGCCAAGAGGGCCUGUGUAACUGCAGCAGCGGCGCCGAGGGCAUUCUGGACCCGGACGAGUGCGACCGGACCACGGGCCAGUGCUCCUGCAUGCCGGGCUACGGCGGCCUGCAGUGCGAGGACUGCGAGGACGGAUACUUCACCAACGGCACCAGCGGCUGCCUGCCCUGCGCCUGCGACUCCUUCGGCGCAGUCAGCCACCUCUGCGACAGCUCAGGGAUAUGCGUGUGCAAGACUGGCGUUGACGGGCCCAAAUGUGACGAGUGCCACCCGGGUUUCUUCCACUUCAGCAACACUGGCUGCCGGCCCUGCCAGUGCCACAACCACACCAACUACUGCCACCCACAGUCCGGCGUGUGUCUGAACUGCGAGGGCAACACCCAGGGAUCCAACUGCGAGGAGUGCAAGCCCGGAUUCUACCGCGGCCCCGGGGCCGCCCCGACCGAACCCUGUGCCCCCUGCCCCUGCUCCAACUCCAGCUCCACCGGCACCUGCCACACCGACCCCUCCGGCCCCCCGCGGUGCGACCGCUGCCUGCCCGGGUACUCGGGUCCUCACUGUGACCGCUGCAGCGCCUCCUUCUUCAGAUCGUCCGGCGCCUGCGUCCCGUGCGACUGCAGCGGGAACGCGGACCCCCGGGGGCCCCCCGAGCUGUGCCACCCCGACACCGGAGACUGCCUGCGCUGCGUGGAGGGCACGGCGGGGCCGCGCUGCCAGCGCUGUGCGCCCGGGUUCACCGGAGACGCCCGGGCACACAACUGCACCCGGCCCACUUCGCGGCUCCUUCCAACACCAGCAUCCUCCGCCACCACCACCCAGACCCCCAAAGCCCUCCCCUCCUCCACCACCACCAUGACCUCCAGCACGGCGCGAGCCGUCCCGGCCUCCACAUCUGGCGGCAACGGCAGCGCCGCCCUGACCACGGCCGCCGCCACCACGCAGGCGCUGCUGACCAGCCUGAGCAGCCCCACCGACAACACCACGGCGGCGCUCACCGAGGUCUCCUGGACGCAGUUCAACAUCAUCAUCCUGGCCGUCAUCAUCCUGGUGGUGCUGCUGCUGCUGGGCUUCGUGGGCGGAGUCUACACCUACCGCGAGUACCAGAACCGCAAGCUCAACGCCCCGUUCUGGACCAUCGAGCUGAAGGAGGACAACAUCAGCUUCAGCAGCUACCACGACAGCAUCCCCAACGCCGAUGUGUCGGGCCUGCUGGAGGACGAGGCCAACGAGGUGGCGCCCAACGGCCAGCUUGCGCUCACCACGCAGGGGAACUGCUACAAGGCCUGACCCCCCGCCGCCGCCGCCGCCCCGCCCCCGCCCCCAUCCUGAACCCGACCGCCGCCCAUUUACAGACCAGUCAAAAGCUGCUGGAAAGUACCAAAUCCAAAGCUCCGCCGCACGAUCGCUGCCGCCAGCGUCCCCGAGCGUCCGCACACGCAGAGUCACCUCAGAACCCGGUCUGUCCAGUACGCUGCCGCGACCCGCAAAACACACUCACAGCGAGCGCCGGCGCAGGCGUCCUUCCACCAGUCAGGCCUCGCUUACACCACAACGUUCGGUGAAAACUCGUUCUUCGUUUCAGAGAAGUUUCACGUUUACGCGGCUGCAGUCACGAUGCAGUUUUCAUGUUGGGCCACGCAGAGAGCAGUGCUGUCAGCAUUACCAGUGGGACGCACGCACAGACGACGAACUGUUUCCUCCGGCCGCGGACGGAGUUCCAUUUCCUGUGGCUUCAAGCACCGUUGUCGUGUAAACGGACCCAUAAAACGACGCAGAAGUUUUGAGUUUUCACUUGGAAAAACGUCGUGUAAAAGGGGCCUAAUUCUAGUUGUUAAUUACACCACAGGUGUCGGUGCAACGCCCGCAAGUUCCGUCUCCACAGACAGGCUGUGCUCUGCGGCAGUGGGCCGAAGAGCCGGUCGUUCUGUGUGGUGGAGCUCGACGAGGGAUCCAAAGAGUCGAGGUGGAAUCGUGCCUGGGCGGAGCCGGGACCGGGGGCGGGACCGUGGCUGUGCAGGUCCGUGCACAGAGGUCCUGGGACUCACCGGAGCCGAGCAUUUCAGAUAUUUAAGACAAACGAACUGGACUUGUGACUGUUUAAGUUAAAAGUGGGUCACUCCUACGGUGACCUUCCAACGGAGACAAUGAUUGUUAUUUAAUGAGUUUUUAUUCUGUUCUUAUUUAUUGGUUCAUCCUCGGGAGAAAUGCUGCACAUGUAUGACGUGGUGAUUCAUGGUGUUUUAUCUCUACGUGCUGUCGAAUGGUGACUUUUGAAAUUUGAACGAAUACGUAUGGGGAUAAUGGUGCAGAAUGACACGUGUGUGUGUGUGUGUGUGUGUGUGUGUGUGUGUGUGUGUGUGUGUGUGUGGGUGGGUGAGUGUGUGUGUGUGCGUUUUGUGAGAUUUGUGACUCUCUACAAGGAUCUGUAAAUGUUUUUACAGGUUAAUUUUCUUCUUCUUUAUGGUUAUAAAUAUGGGCUUUGUCACCCUCAGUUUUGACUGCCAGGCUCACACGCUUUGGGAUGUGUGUGAUUUAUCUUUCUUGUCACCAGGUGGUUCUGAAGUGAUGCUCAGUGAUCAUUUUUAUAGCAGGGCCUGGAUGGGGCCUCAUCCAUGGGUCUUCAUCCUGGGACUGGAGUUGCUCCCUGCAGCUCGUAACCCAUAAAUAUACACAUAUAUGUUGUUAUUAUUAUUUUUUUAUUGUUAUUCUCUACAUAUUUUCUCUGCCCAUGGUUAUGUACAAAUUAGUUAUGUAACAGAAAAGCCAAAUUCAUGUCAGAAGAUUGAAAUGUCCAUCUAAACUAGAGGGAAAUACAUUUCCAUACGCUGUAAUUGUCUUUGCCCUUAAGCUGAAACUCAAAAACAGUGUUCAUAUACAUAUCGACUUGUAAAGACACAUUCACGGAUCCUUGUAGGCACAUACACAUUUUUUAUUGCAUAUACACACACACAUCUAAGCGCACACACAAAUUUGAUGAUUCCUGGCAUCUCUUUGCCCUCUGUGUAGACUCGCAGGUUCAUUCUUUUUCUGUGUGUUUUCUCUUCGUAACACUAAUUACACAGUGGUAGAAUUCGGUGAUUACAUAUAUCACCAGGUCUAUUUAGGACAAAACAAAAUGAAAAAAAAAAAACUGCAAGUCCAAACUGAGGGCUCAAAAAACAAAAGAACUUACUGGGAAAAGGCUGUGAGUUCAGAUAUUUACAGGUCCUUGUAGACACAUACCAAACAUAUUACACAAAUCAGUGUGUACACAAGUGUAAGAUUAUACACUCAUUACUCACACACUCGCACACGUGUCAGUCGUCUGCUGUAAAAGCCCCACAGAUGUGUUUUCAUGUAUAGUUUCUGUGUUUGGAGAGAGUCGUCAAGGGGAAGGCUGCUGCUGCUGCUGCUGGUACAGACUUUAUGACCUCAGUUUCCUUUUUUUUUUGUUGUUGUCAUCUUUUGUUUCAGCUUCCUGCUUUCUCUUUUCUGUUUGUAAACGCGUGCCAGCUCACCUGAAGUAUCUAAGAGGAGUGUUCCUGUUUGAGGAACUGUGACGGCCACUCGCGAACACUCACGGUUCUUGGCUCCGCUGCAGGGCAGUGACGCCCGACCCAGGUGGUGUUAAACGCUUAUCUCACAAUCAGAUCUACUCAUUGCUGCCUACCUCAGCAAAAAAAACAAACAAACCUGGAGACAGGGCUUGGUUCUGUGACUCACGCUAGUUCCCAGAGGUCCUCAACAUAAACAGUGUCCUCAUGUUGUCAGGGAAGAAAACCAGGCUUCGGAGGGAUACAUGCACGCACAGUCAUGCUUUUAUCUCUUACAGUAGAGUUGCAUCAGCUCCAGCGACUGUAAAACAGAAACACUUCACAUCUGAUACUGUUUCCUGUCUGAUUUAGGCACGCUUCUUUUUACCACGGCGAAUGAGUAAAAGCUAAAUAUUGGAACUAACUCCUCAGGUACUGGCUCUUUCCCUAAUGUGAUCACUGUAAAUAUGAUUAUUAUUGUUAUUAUUGUACAGAUGAAUGUGAAUAGUAGCACUAUAAUUGUACAGGUAGAAUACUGUGUGUACACUGUCACUCAGCAACGCUCCCUCUCGCUCUCCAGGGUGGGACGUCCUUUCCUUUUCUUUUUCUUUUUCUUUUUCUAUUUUCAUUUCUUACUCUCACUGCACUUUUGCCAUAAUACGCAACUUGCAGGACUCGAAGUGCACCCAGAACUCACCACGGGAGAAUAAAUGCGAUGUAAAUAAGGACGUCAGAGUGCAACUCUCAAAUAAAAAUGGGUUUAACUGU